UCCAGUUUUUCAGUACAGAAAGUGAUACGGACAUGUAAAAUGCGGUCCUUUUAUUGGUUUGUCUGAAUAUUUUAAUGUUUUAAAAUCCUCUUUUCCUCUCAUUUUGUUACGAGGCUGAAGUCCGCUUCUUCCUCCUCAGCUUUUAAUUCGAAUUUUCCGUUCCACCUUAAAAGGAGCCGUUAACGUUAGAUUCUGGCGCAUGUACGCCGCUCACGUCUGAACGCUGCCGCGCCAUUUAAGGUGGAACGGAAUAUUCGAGCAAAAAAGCUGCGUGAUAAACCAACUUCAGGCUGGUCAACGGGUCACUGUUCCGUGCUGUGAACAGGGUGGACGCGGAGGUCCUCGAACAAACCGUCCAUUCUCCCUGCAGCCCGAGAGAAAGUCCUCUGGGAGGUUUCCGAGCUGCUCUUUUCCUCCAGGCGACCACCGCUUUCUGAAUGUCACGUUUCAUCCGAGCGAGCGUAGACAAUGUGGACUGCAGCGUGGAGUUUAUGGGGUCCUCUCCUUUUCUCCCUGGCUUCUGGAGAACGACCACGAAGUUCCCACAGGCCAGUGUUCGCAUGUGGUGGGAACUUUACUGGACGUUCGGGCUUCAUUGGGAGCCAGGGUCAUCCUGCGGUUUACCCGCCUAACACCAAAUGUGUCUGGAGGAUCACGGUGCCUCAGGGUAGAGUGGUGUCCCUCUCCUUCCGCGUGAUGGACCUGGAGAGCGACAAUCUGUGUAAAUACGACUACGUGGACAUUUAUGACGGACAUGUCAGCGGCCAGCGCCUUGGCCGCUUCUGUGGCACCUCCAGACCCGGUGCGCUGGUCACCAGUGGCAACAAGAUGCAAGUGGUCAUGGUGUCGGAUGCCAACACAGCUGGGAGUGGUUUCUUGGCCGCUUACGCAGCCAUUUGGCCGAAUGAAGGAGGGAACCGGUACUGUGGUGGAUUCUUGAAUAAACCUGGAACCUUGAAGACUCCUAAUUGGCCAGACAGGGAUUACCCUGCCGGGGUGACGUGUUCAUGGCACAUCAUGGCACCUCAGCACCAGAUAAUAGAGCUGAAGUUUGAGAAGUUUGACCUGGAGAGGGACAACCACUGCCGCUACGACCACAUGGCCGUGUAUAAUGGCGGGGAGGCGAGUGAUGUGCAGAGGAUCGGCCGAUUCUGUGGAGACAGCCCUCCUGCCCCAAUCUACUCUGACGACAGCCAGCUCUUCAUUCAGUUUGUCUCUGACCUCAGUCUGACCGCUGAUGGUUUUAUUGGUCAUUACCUGUUCAAGCCUAAAAACUCCACCAUCACAGGCUCUCCUCUAACCUCAGCUCCAACCACUCCAACCACCGCGAGGCCCACAGCACUUACGUAUUCAGAAGCUCUCUGCAAGCAGAAAUGCACAAGGAGCGGAACAAUUGAAAGUCAUUAUUGCUCAAGUAACUUUGUGAUAACGGGCACCCUGAUCUCAGCAACCAUGCGAGAACAUACUGUACUCGCCACUUUCUCCAUCAUCAACGUGUAUAAGGAAGGAAAUCUGGCCAUUCAGCAGGCUGGGAAGACCAUGAGCACCAGAAUCACGGUCCUCUGUAAAAAAUGCCCUUUAGUCAGAAGAGGUCUGAACUACAUAGUCAUGGGCCACAUUGAUGAGCAGGGGCAAGGCAUCGUUUCUCCUCACAACUUCGUGAUGGCCUUCAAAAUUAAGAAGCAGAGAGACCUGGCUGUGCUGACCAAUGUCCACUGCUGAUGGUAGGAGGUGGUCAUCAUGGAUUUGUAGUCUUGUGUUGUGAAACGCACAUAUAACCUCUGGUAUUUAUAUUUACCAAAUCUGGAUGCUUUGUAAGUAUGAACGAUCACCUGAACCUGAGCAAGGACUGUUUACUGACACAGUGCUUAGGAACUCCUUUCACCUAAAAGAAAGAGCCGUGCAUGUCCAUGAAACUAUACACCUCAAACUGUGUUUUUAUUUAUGUCUAUUGUUAUUUGAUAUUAUAGACCUUAAAGCUUCCCAGAUAUAGACCAGGGCUGGCUUUGCAUGGUGAAACUUUUAGGCAACAAGUUGCAUGUUCUGAGUUCCCUGGAACCUCAUUUCUGUGCAGUUUGACAGUUACGUGAAACAAAUAAAGUUGCACGCAACAUAUUUAGUUGCUCCACUAGUUAGCCAGAUUAACAGCUCGUACAAAUUUGAUCGUGUCAUUCACGUGAUAUAAACUCAUCUGCAACUGAUCUACAUUGAAUAAUUGAUACCAUUUUUAUAAUCUUUGCUGAAUUUCUUGCUUAAUUUUUCAUCGUUUAAAAUAGCUGUAUUAAAGGUGCUUGACGAAGACGCAAACUAAAAGGGCUUAACGAAUGUGGCUGAAAAACGGGCUAUCAAAAAGGGUUUUACAGCUGUUAAUCCAGCUGGUUACAGAAACGCUACCCUCGAGAAGCUCACAUUUGUUCCUUGUUUUCUCUCGGUUAACUGACAAACUGAAAAGCUAUCAACCUUGCAAGAAGUCAGUGAGGAGUAUCUCCUAUUCAGCUUUCCAAAAGACCGUCUUCUCUUUCAUUUUUGUGUCCAUCGAGUCAGAGUCAUUUUUGAAAUGAUGUCUUUUGACCUGAUCCUAUGAUCCUGUGAUAAGCAUUUUAAUUGGCUGUUUCAUGAAACUUGUUCUUUGACCUAGAGAUGCUUGCAAAUGUUGCGAAGUUUCAAAUAAGUUGCGAGACGCUUUACAUUAUGUAAUUCAAGUGCAGUUUAGUUUCAUAUAGGUUUCAAAAUUGUGUGUCAAGGUUUCGCUGUGCAAAGCCGGCCAACUAUUUAACCUAGAAUUCACUAAUUUAUUCCACCAAUGGGCUCAGUUCAUGUCCAGAAAACUAUCCUUUAGGCAUUUUUUACGUUUUAUUUUUUGUUGUUAAAUUGAAGAUGAUUAAAAAAAUCUCCUGAAAAUGAAA